UGCAUUACUUUUCUUUUGUUACAUGGUAUCAGAUCAGUCCGCUCGGGUGAGCGACACGCCAUCACGAUCUGAUGGCAAACGAUAAAGAAGACAGUCAGGGCAAAAACGAUGAUACUAGCAAUUCCUCAAUAAAAAAUGAUUAUUCUUCUCCUUUCUUCCUCGGACCACAAGACCGGCCAAGAGAUUAUAUUACUCCGAUACGUCUUCGUGGUGAAAAUUAUGAUGACUGGACAGGAGCAAUAAGAUUGGCAUUGCGGGCUCGACGUAAAUUCGUGUUCGUGGACGGAACAAUACAAACGUACGAAAAUAAAUGUACGGAGGAUGAUUGGUUGACGAUCCAUUCUAUGCUCGUGUCAUGGUUGAUGAACACGAUUGCACCGGAAGUCAAGAAUACCCUUUCAAAAUACGAGGACGCUAAGCUGCUUUGGGACGAGCUUAAAGAGCGCUUUUCUGUUAUGGAUGGAUCACGUAUUCAUCAACUCAAGGUGAAUAUUGCGCGUUGUGAACAAUCUUCUCCGUUGUCUGUAGGAACCUAUUAUGGACAAUUGAAGAUGUGGUGGGACGAGCUCAACAAUUACGAACCGCUACUAACGUGUACAUGCGGGAAAUGUACGUGUAAACUUGGCGAACAACAUGCACAGAGAUGGGAGUCUGAGCGCUUUCACCAGUUUUUGAUGGGCUUUUCAACCGACUUAUAUGGUCAAAUAAGGUCCAAUCUAUUGUCUCAGGUUCCUCUGCCUAAUCUGAAUAGAGCAUAUCAUCAGGUUACGCAAGAAGAAUGAAUUCGGGGAUUUACUCAACACAAGGAGGACGCAAAUGAAGUUAUGGGUUUUGCUGCACAAGCACCUAAACGUGCUAAUAAUAAUAAAGCUGGGAAGGUAGAAAAACCUGGAUUAAUUUGCUCACUGUAAUUUUCCAGGACACGACAUUACAAGGUGUUUCCAGUUAAUCGGGUAUCCCGAUUGGUGGGGAGAUCGUCCGAGAGGAAAUAGCAAAGCGGUGGGACGCGGUUAAGGCGGAACGGUGCGUGGAACGACUGUUGUAAAAGCCCAUGAUGCUGCCAAUGAAACUACCAGACAGAUACAUGAGGAACGGAGUGAAAGUUCAGGCUUGGCAUCUUCUUUUCCGCUCCCAGGGUUUACUGGUGACCGGUGGCAAGCACUUACGGCAAUGUUUGGUAACAAGCAGUCAACUAUUUCUGAUCGUAUGAUUGGACCAAUGCUCGAGGAAGUUGAUUGGGAUGGGUGAAAGAAGAGAUGUGCUAUAUUAUUUCUGGGAUAUUCCUAAACAGUGUGUGGUGGUUAAUGAAGUGAAAGUUUCGGCUGAUACUUGGCAUAAGAGACUGGGGCAUCCUUCUAGGAAUGUUCUUAAAUUGAUGUCUUCUCUACCUAAUAAUGUUAGUUCUCCAUCUGAUGUUUGUUUUCAGGCCAAACAGGCCCAUGAAAUGUUUCCUUUGAGCAAUAAUAUAUCUAGUAGGAUUUUUAAUUUAAUUCAUAUGGACCUAUGGGGUCCUUAUCAAACUUCUUCUACU